AAGCUGCCAGUCGGACAUGUUUUGUAAACGAACACUUUCAAAAUGUCUUCCACAGAGCGGUCGCUUUGUCAGAUUUUCUCAUUUAAAGACUGUAAGGCUUCUCCAGACCCUAUUUUCGAUCUACCCGCCCAGUGUUCGACUCCGACCUCUGUUCCUAUAGUAAUAGAUAACGGCUCCUUCCAGACUAGAGCGGGCUGGGCCGUUCCUGAGGCCGAGUUCCAACUUCCGCAGCUGGUCUUCAGGUCAGUGGCGGCUCGCAGCAGAGGAGCAGCCCGCAGUGAUACACAGAUCGGCAACGACAUCCCGAACCUGGAGCCUCUGCGAUGGCUACUGAAGAGUCAGUUUGACCGAAAUGUGGUGGUGAAUUUUGAGAUCCAGGAGCUGAUCUUCGACCAUGUGUUCACACACCUGGGCAUCACCACUGAGGGCAGUGUAGACCAUCCAAUUGUUCUCACAGAGGCACCAUGCAACCCGCUGCACUGUCGGCAGAUGAUGUCAGAGCUUCUGUUUGAGUGCUAUGGUGUCCCUCAUGUCUCCUACGGCGUGGACGCUUUGUACAGUUUUUACCACAGCAACACCCAGAAAACCAUCCCUCCAACACACACGGGCAUCGUUCUGUCCUCAGGAUACCACUGCUCACACAUCCUACCAGUUAUUAAUGGAAGAUUGGAUGCAGCUAAUUGUAAACGAGUGAACAUAGCUGGAAGUCAGGCAGCGUCGUACCUACAGCGCCUCCUUCAUCUGAAAUACCCGGGUCACUUGGCCAGUAUCACACUCAGCCGCAUGGAAGAGCUGUUGCAUGAACACAGUUACAUCGCAGUGGAUUACCAGGAAGAGCUGGAAAAGUGGCGUAGCCCGGCAUUUUACGAGCAGGAAGUUCAUCGUAUGCAACUUCCCUUCUCGAGUAAAGUGCCAGGUGGCAGCGUCAGCGUGGAAGAGAGACAGGAACGGAGAGCUCAACAACUCAGGCGGCUUCAGGAGAUCAACGCUCGUCGGCGAGAGGAGAAGCUGCAGCAGGAUCAGGAGAGGCUGGACCGGCUGUUGGCUGUACAGGACCUCCUGGACGAUGGUCUGUUUGAUCAGUUCCAUAAGAGCUUGGUGGAGCUCAACAUGGACUCCUCUGAGGAGCUGCAGUCGUACAUCAACAAACUACAGCUGGCUGUGGAACAGGGCAGACAGAAGCUGCUGCAGAGUGAUGGAGUCGAUGGAAGGAUGGAGGUGUCUGAGCUGGAGCAGCCCAUAGACGAGGGAGACGGAGUGGCUCUUAUAGAUCCUGACUUUCCAGAGGACACGCUGCCAGAAAAAGCCGCUAAUGUGGCUCAGCCUAUGCUCAGCGUGGCUGAGUACCAUCAGCUGUUUGUAGGGACAGAGCGCCUGCGUUGUCCUGAGAUCCUGUUCCAGCCGUCUCUGACUGGAGAGGAUCAGAUGGGACUGAUGGAGACGCUGCAGUACGUCCUGGCCAGAUACACUCCAGAGCAGCAGGAGGCACUGGUGAGCAACAUUUUUCUAACGGGAGGCAACAUGCAGUAUCCUGGUGUGAAGGAGCGAUUGGAGCGAGAACUGCUGGCAGUUAGACCUUUCCAGUCGCAAUUCAAGGUGACCUUAGCCUCUCAGCCAGCCCUCGGUUCCUGGUUUGGUGCGAAAGCCUGGGCCUUGGAGCAUCCACCAGUGGGAGGAGGUACAGAAGGAUGGAUCAGCAGACAGGACUAUGAAGAGAAAGGAGGUGAAUAUCUGAGCGAGCACUCUGCCUCCAACCUGUUCAUUCCAAUGAAGAUCGUCAAACCUGUUCCUGUACGAUCACUUGAAGCCUCCAUCACCACACAGACCCUAGGAGAUCCUUCUCCUCCUCCUCCUCCUCUUCCUCCUGCUGCUGCUGUUGUUUCUACAGAGACACCUGCUCUGACUCCCUCCUCAACUGAUGCUGCAGAUGUCUGUACGGUCACCUCCUAAACUUUGUCAUGGUGGUUGUGAAGUUGUACAUUUAGUCAACAGACAGUAAGACUUUGUUCAGUUUGACAAGAAAUGAUGAGCUGAUGAAAACUGUUCAUACUGGACGACCUUUGAAGUGCUAAUCUAAAGGCUGCAGUGAUGUAUAUUUUUGUGGUGUUAUGUAAAUAGACAUUGUAGUUUUGUAUUUAAAAUACAUUUUUAUCAAAACGUGAAA